UCAGCAAAGGAGGGUUUAUUUAGUCAGCUGCAUCUGGACAGGCCUCUUCUCAUCACUUACUUAACUUAGACCGUGUCUGGCUAAAAUAACAAAAGCUGUGCGGACAGCACUGCCAAAUGAUGGACUGAUCGAGGAGCUCAGGCUUAAAAAUGGACACAUCUCUGCUUGAAUCUCAGCUGUCGGCCCCAGCAUCACCUGUUCCUCCAGCGUUCUCUGUGUCUGGACACAACAUUCAUCCAGUGUCUUCUUCUUCAACACCCAGCCCUGUUUCUUCAGCCAUGACACCGCCUUCACAUCUCGCCUCACAGACAGGUCGAUCCCAGCUGAACGCAGCCAGCAAUUCCAGCACUGCCUUUUCAGGACAAUCAGCGUUUCCUGCUCAGGGGGAAAUCACAGAGGAGCUGAGCAUUGAUGAUCUUAAACAGAGGGCAAAGAAUGGAGACGCCAAAGCACAGACAGAGAUUGGUAGAUAUUACCUGAGACUAGCCGAGCAAGAAGAUGAAGAGGUGAAUGCUGUUACUGCUGUAACAUGGCUACUCCAGGCAGGCAAAAAUGGAAGAAAAGAUGCAGUGAAAUUGCUACAGCGCUGCCUGCAUGACAGGAGGGGCAUCACAGCGGAGAACAGAGAGGAGGUGUGUUCCCUGGCAUGUGAAUCUCGUUUUCAGCGCAGCGUAAGGAAAGCAGCUCUGCUCAUGUAUUGGAAACUCAAUCCAGAACGCAAGAAAAACAUCACGGCCUCUGAACUUCUGGAAAAUGUGAGCCAGCUCAACACAGAUGGCGCUUCCAGCAGCCCUCUCUCCAGCCCAAUACAGAAACAAAGAAAAGUUUUGGAGAGUUUAGUGGCAAGAGAUGAGACUGAUUGUAUUGGUGUAGAAGAGUUUAUUGAAAAUACCAAACAAUACGCUGAGGGUAUUUCACCAACCAUGGAAGGGGUAGCAGGGGAUGAUGAUGACGAUGAUGAAGAGCCAGUAAAACAUCCAGAUGAACUGCCUUUGCACCAGAAGGUGUUAAAGUUUCCUCUUCAUGCAGUGUUGGAGGUGAAAGAGGUGUUGAUUGACUGGGCAUCGCGUGCAGGCAUGCAGUGGAUUAGCGCCCUUAUACCUACUCAUCACGUCAAUACCCUCAUCUUCUUCUUCAUCAUCUCCAACCUCACCCUGGAGUUCUUUGUCCUCGUCAUUCCCCUAAUUAUAUUCUACCUCUCCUUUGUGUCAAUGGUCAUCUGCACCUUACGAGUCUUCCAGAACAGCAAGGCAUGGGAGAACUUUAGAGCGUUGACCGCCAUGUUGUCACAUUUUGAGCCGGGGAUUGACCUGGAGCAGGCUGAGUCCAACUUCACAUGGAAUCACCUUGAGCCAUACCUCUAUUUCCUCCUUUCUACACUUUUCCUUAUCUUUUCGUUUCCUGUGGCUGACAAGUCCUGGUUGCCAUGUUCAGAACUGGCUAUGGUUGCAGUCUUCUUUACUGUAAGCAGCUACUUGAGCCUGCGACCAACUGCACAACAGCAUGCCAAAUUUGCUUUGCUUUCCCAGGUUGCCGCCGCCAUUUUUACAUUCAUUAAUCAGCUGCUGGGAGGCUGGGUGGGUCGUAUAAUUGGCGGCGCUUGGUUCAGCAUUCGCCUUGGUGACUGGUUGGUAAUGCAUGUAGGUGUGCCUUGUGUUCUCUAUCUCUACCUCUUGUUCUUGUGUACCCGUAUGGCCACUGCAGGUGGUGCACGUGGCACCUACUGUGUGCUUCUUCCCAACCUGGUGUGCUUCAUCUGGUGUGAAGUGUCUGUUACGCUGCUGCAAGAGUCCACUGUAUUGGGGCUAAUGCGCUCAGUUGUGGGCUACCUACUUUUUUUCUUUGCUCUGCCCGUGCUGUCGCUGGCUCUAGCUGCUGUAAUGCUGGCUCAGCUGGUGCAGUGGUUCCUUGCCCUGGAACUGACUAAAAUGAUCGUAACAGUGUGCAUCUGUGUCCUGCCUGUCCUGCUUCGCUGGUGGACUCGUUUUAGUGUAUCGCCUUUGGCAGUGCUGCGCUCUUUGCGUCGUAGCAGUGUGGUGAAGUUGAUCCUUGUGUGGAUUUCAGCACUGGUGCUCUUCAGCUGGUUCUACGUGUACCGUUCAGAGGGCAUGAAAGUAUACAACUCCACCCUGACCUGGCAGGAGUACAGUGACCUGUGCGGUCCUCGUGCCUGGAAGGAGCGUAACAUGGCACAUACUCAGAUACUCUGCAGUCACUUGGAGGGACACCGAGUGACAUGGGAGGGCCGGUUUAAGUAUGUUCGUGUCACUGAGAUUGAGAAUGGGGCACAAGCUGUCGUCAACCUUCUUCCAGUCUUAAUAGCGGACUGGGUCCGAUGUCUGUAUGGAGAGGAGUACCCUGCCUGUGACGAGACUCAGACGGGACCUGCUGAACCUCUGUGUCAGCUCAAGACACUUGCAAAGCACAAGUGUCAUGUCAAACGUUUUGACCACUACAAGUUUGAAGUGACCAUGGGGAUGCCCCAGAAGGGGCGCAAUGGGGCACAAGAUUUUGAUGAUGCCACAAAAGACAUUGUAUUGCGGGCAAGCAAUGAAUUCCGGCGAGUCCUGCUGGCGCUCAGCUCAGGCAGCGUGGUGGAGUUCAGUACAGUACUCGAGGGCAGACUGGGCAGUAAAUGGCCAGUGUUUGAGCUUAAAGCCUUGCACUGCAAGACUUGUGCCUCACCUCUUCUACCAAUACGACGACAGGUCAAGAUCGAGCAGGAUUGGAGGGUUAAUGCCAGAAAUGCCUUAGCAUUUGCCUUCAAUUUUGUUUUCCAUCCUCUACUUUCAGCCGAGAUGGAUGCUACUGCAGCUACUACAGAAGUAUCUGUCUAAAACUGUUAAAGGACAUUUGGCAUACACUGCAGUAUUAGACUGAAUUUUUAUGUGCAAGAGACUGUUGAAAUUUGAUGAAGUGCUUUUGAUGAAAGCAUGAUCAAAACGCCAAAGGGGUUGUCAUCUUGUUUUGUCCAUUUCCAAUAUGAAAGUGAACAAUGAUGCGAUCAGAGAUUCAAUUUAUCCAAGGGAUCCACUACUCUACACAUUUGAUAGUUCUUUUUUUUUUCCAACACACUCAGUUAAUGGAGCUCUCUCCUAAUGUGCUGUUGAUCUAAAUCAGUCUAGUUAAAUAGGCUGCUAUAUAUACUGUCCAGAGUGGUGGCUCCUUAGAAAUGAAAUUUAAAACCACUGCUGUAGAAAGCAGUGUCCAAUACUUUUAGAGCAGUGAUGUCUAAUCCUACUCUUAGAAGGACAAUGUCUUGCAUAUUUUGGCUCCUAACCUAAAUAAGCACACAUGAAAUAGCAAAUCAAUUUCUAGAAAUACUAGAAACGUUCUUACAGGUGUGUUGAGGCAAGCUGGAGCUGAACUCUGCUAGACAGGAGAUCACCCUCCUCGAGAUCAUUUGGGUCAUGUUCCUGCAUAGUUUAACUGCAGUCUUCUAGAGUACACCUACAUGGGAUUUACUUUUUUACAUUCGCUGGUACAGGUGUGUUUAUUUAGGAUUAAAGCAGGUGUGUCUAAUCCAUACCUGCCAACAUCCCCCUUUUUUUCUGGGAGUCUUCUGUAUUUCAGACCCAUCUCCCGCCACCCUCCCGUUUUGUUAUUUCCCCUGGAAAACUCCUGUAAUUUCACCUUACUUUUAAUACCAAAAAGCUACGUUUUGGUACCUUAACUUUAGUAUAGUAUACGAUCAUAGUGGCAAACAGUUACAAACACCACAGUACAGUUACUAACCCAGACCUCAACUGUAAUUCAGACAAACACACACCGCCGCUACACCCCUUACCGGUCGCCCAGAAUUUCAGAGACAAAUGUUGGCAGGUAUGGUCUAAUCUUGCUUCUGGAGAACAACGGUCCUGCACACUUUAGCUCCAACACACUUUCCUGGAACAUUCCAAUCAGUACGAAUUUUGAUCAGCUGAUUAGUGUGUGUAAUUUGGAGCUAAACGCUAUAGGACAGUGGUCCUCAAGAAUCAAGCAUGGAUGCCAAUGAGUUAAAGAUAAACGUUUUGGGCAGGGGUCUACCAGGACCAGAUAUGGACAUCUUGGUGAGACAAGUGCCAAAUAAAAUACCACUACAAUUCCUGAACUACUUUACAAAACUGAUUCAAAACGUAUGUUAACAUCCUGAAUAUCGUGAGGAAAUGUGAACCGAUGCCAAAAUUUCUAAAAAAGCUUCUACAGUGAGCAUUAUAUGCACUUAUUUCCCCUUUUUCACUGAUGUUGAAUAGAUGAUGCUAUGUCUAAUUUAGUUUGUGUUUGGAAAACAAUGUUUGGGUGUGCCUUGGAAUUAAGUAACUUGCAUUUUAGGACAAAUAGAACACAGUUGAAGAUUUCUGUGAAAAUGCUGGACAAUACAAUCAGUCGAAGACAGUCUUAAGUUUAGGAUUGUUUUUUAUAUAUAUAU